UGUAAUUAUUUCACUCCUCAUCACAUGAUCUCCAUGAAGCAUCUACCCAAGCACAAAAGGGAAUCUUCCAUAAUGCCAAAAGGGUACUUUUGUAAAUCAAAAUUCAUCAUUUCUGCUAUAAAUUUCAGAGCCACCACCACACUUCAUUUCACUGCCAUCCACAGAGAGAGAGAGAAGAGUAACAUAGAGAGAAAAAUGAGGCCAAUAAACACUGUAUCAUCAUCAUCACCACCACCACCAGGAAGUGUUACAGGAAUUAAAAUAUGGAAGUCACCAAUUCCUUACUUGUUUGGAGGCUUAGCAUUAAUGCUGGCUCUGAUAUCUGUGUCAUUGGUCAUCCUUGUUUGCUCCUACAGAAAACGUGAUUCUUCUCCUGAGUCAUCAUCAUCAUCGUCUGAAGCUGAAAACAUGAAAUCACAGCCAAUGACCAAGAUCUUAUACACAAACUCAGAGCCUGAGGUUGUUGUCAUUAUGGCUGGCGACCACAAUCCCACAUAUCUUGCCAAACCAAGCACCACUUCUUCUUCUGCUUCUUCUUCAGUCUACUGCACUUGUGGUGCUCAAUCUCAACCUGAACCUGAAUCUCAACCAAGCCCUUCAUCAACCUCAUCCACUGAGUGAAGGCUAGCAGAUCAAUAACACCUCAGGGUCAGCAAGUUUUGCGACACUUCUCUUCCUUUUCAAUUUCAUGUUCCAGUGGUUUUGUGAGAGCACUGAAUGUGAUCACUGAAGAUGAGUGUUUCCUUUUGAGAAUUUUGUUUUUUUUUUUUCAUAAUGAAAGGAUCUCCGGCUUAGUAGACUUUAUAUCGAUACAUAUAUUUUGCCACUGA